AGAAAAAAAAUAAGCAGCCAAACAAACAAAAAAAUUAAAAAAGAAAUAGAAAGUGCUAGGGCCAGGGUUCAAGUUCACUGCCACCUCUGGGACCAUGUGAACAUAUCCAUAGUAAAGGCCACAGAUUUUUCCCUUCAGCAUUUCUGAAUGGGAGGGUUUCCUGCCCAAGGAGAACAUUGGGACCAAGCCUUGGCCAUCGGGCAGAUGUGCUAUUAUCUCAGGAGCAGAAAAUCUCUGAAGUCCUCCCAGAUGGGCAGACUAGUAGAUGAUCAUGAUGCAGUCCUGUGGUUUAAUGCAACCAAUUUCCAGGAAAAUGUGGGCACAAAAACUACCAUUCACCUGAUGAAUUCUCAAUUGGUCACCUCUCGGACAUUUCCUCAAGACAGCUUAUGCAUUGAGAGAAUUGUGUGGGACCCGUCUCUUUGCAAUUCAGAUAUCCCAGCAUGGAACCAGAGCCCUGACUACAGCUUCUUUAAGUACUAUAAGAGCUGUUGCAAGCUGCAUCCUGAUCAGCCUUUUUACAUCCUCAAGCCUAAGCUGUGGGACAACAUUCAAGAAGUCUCCACAGAAGACAUUCAGCCAAAUCCCCCAUCUUCUGGGAUGCUUGGUGGCAUCAUCAUCAUCAUCAUCAUCAUGCUGUGUGACCAGGUGGAUAUUUAUGAGUUCCUCCUAUCCAAGUGCAAGACCAAUGUGUGCUACUACUACCAGAAAUUCUUUCGCAGUGCCUGCACAGUGAGCACCUACCACUCAUUCCUCUUUGAGAAGAAUCUGAUGAAGCACCUUAACCAGGGCACAGACAAGGACAUUUACCUGCUUGGCAAAACUCCACUGCCUGGCUUCUGGAGAAUUCGCUGCUGA